AUGUUGCUGCUUCGGCUGCUUCGACAGCCAGUUCAACGCUGCCAAAGCCUCCACACAUUCUCUCGCCGGCUGUACCCUACAGAGAUUCUUCCACCUCCAGACCCAUUGAUUGCCAGAAAUGAAACCCUAGGCGUCCAAUCUCGGCCACAGUAUACACCAGAAGAAAGGGGUGUCCCAAUACUACGAACCUACAAGCCUCGCACGCCAGGUCUACGACAUUUGAAGCGGCCCAUCAAUGACCAUCUCUACAAAGGACGCCCCUACCUUCCAUUGACCCAUCCAAGAAGAGGUCAGCAUAUUGGAGGAAGAAACAGUCAUACGGGCCAAAUCACUGUUAGACAUCGCGGCGGAGGUCACAAGAGGAGGAUACGGACCGUUGACUUUCAACGACUAGAGCCGGGAAAACAUCUAGUGGAGCGGAUCGAGCAUGACCCAGGGCGCAGUGCUCAUAUUGCGUUACUUACUCGGACUGUGGGUCAGACGAAAAGUUAUUCAUACAUUGUUGCGCCACAAGGUAUGAGGGCUGGGGAGGAAGUGGAAAGCUUCAGGCAGGGAAUACCUGAGAGGCUGAUACGGGAGCUGGGGGGUGUUCACGAUGCUGGCAUGAUAGCGGCAAAGACUGCAUUCAGAGGAAACUGUAUGCCACUCCAUAUGGUACCGCCUGGCAGCAUUGUCUACAAUGUCGGUCUCAGAAAAGGCGGGAAAGCACAGCUGUGUCGGAGUGCUGGGACUUAUGCGCAAGUGAUCAGUAAGAACGAGGGCGAUCCAAAAAAAGCGUUAUAUGUGGAUGUAAAAUUGCAGAGUGGGGAGAUCCGGAAAAUUCAUCGAGAUUGCUGCGCGACCAUCGGGACUGCCAGUAACGUCAACUUUCACCGGAGACAGCUUGGGAAAGCAGGUCGAAAACGAUGGCUAGGUAUUCGGCCCACAGUCCGGGGUGUCGCCAUGAAUGCGGCAGACCAUCCUCACGGUGGAGGUCGAGGGAAGUCGAAGGGCAAUGUGCACCCAGUCAGUAUCUGGAAUCAAUUGACCAAGAGUGGCUACAAGACCAGGACGAAGUCGAAUGUGAACAGGUUCGUCGUUUUACCUCGCCCGCGGUCGCAGGGAAAGAAAGCCAAGGCAAAGAAGAAGAAGAAGGCAUCAUGA